AUGCCGACAAACGGUUCGUCUGCGGCUACGUCCACGUCUACGUUUGAUCGAAUUAGCAUCAAGCUCCCGGAGUUUACUCCUGAGGACCCCGAACUUUGGUUCUGCGUUAUCGAACGCAAUUUCGUGGCCGCGGGGAUUACUUCGGAUGGCAUAAAGGCCAGUUAUGUGACGGGUGCGCUUGGGCCCCGGUAUAUCGCUGAGGUGCGCGACGUCUUAUUGGACCCCCCGGCCACCGGCUUAUUUGAGGCCCUAAAAAAGGAAUUGAUUAGCCGGUUAAGUGUUUCCAAGGAAAAGAAGGCCAGAAGACUUUUGGAACAUGAAGAAAUCGGUGACCGCAAGCCAUCGCAAUUUCUUCGGCAUUUGCGUGGUUUGGCGGGUACUUGUGUGUCCGAGUCCUUAUUACGCACGCUUUGGUUGGGACGUUUACCUGCGAACGUGCAGGCCAUUCUGGCGACGCAAAUGGAUACGGCGCUGGAUAAGGUGGCCGAGUUAGCGGACGCAAUCACCGACACCAUGCCUGGACGUCCCGUGGUGGCCGAAACAGCAACCGCCAGUGCAUCAAUGCAACCGUGCUCCGCGGAUACUGUAACGGAGCGGAUGAUGCAGUUGCUCAUCACGUUAAAGAGCCAAACGGAAGUGAUGCAGAGUCAAAUCGCGGAAUUGCGGACGUCUCGGAGGGAUUAUCGGCCUUUCCGGCGAUUUGAGCGGAGACGUAGUUCGUCGAGGCGCCGAUUCAACUCGCGAGAUCGGUCCCCAGCGCCUGAUGGCAUGUGCUGGUAUCACGCGAAUUACGGGCCCAAGGCGCAUCGGUGCAUCGCGCCGUGUUCUUAUGUACCGCCAUCGGGAAACAAUCCGGGCAGUCGUUAA